GACCUUGGACGUGGUACCGGACGGGUGGGAAUCAUGGAGCAGGUCCAGAAUCUCUUCCGGGAAGGUGUGAUGACCCAUCUGGAGCGGUUGGAGUCCCUGUCCCAGAACCUGGCUCAGAAACAAGAUCAGAAGAGGCAGCAAGAGGCGGACCUGCAGGAGAAGAGAGACCGGAUUGUGAGUCUGCAGAGGGAGCGCGAUGAACUCCGGGGACGGGUGCGGCUGCAGAACGAGACGGUGAGAAGCUUCUUGUUGUUGGCUGGAAACCCCCUCAAAGUGCACCUUGAAUGUAGACAUCGUGGAGGAGCUCUGGUCACAGGGAUAAGCGGGAAGCUGAAGGACGGCGGGGCGUGUUUCUGUAUCACCGCGGCCUUCGAGGGCACGUACCUGGACUCGUACUACAUCCAGGUGAAUAGUCUGAGAAACCCGCAGAUCUCCCGCCACGGGGUCCCCUCCUUCAUCCCGCUGAGUGACCUCGCCAAGGAGCAUCUGCCGGCCGACCUGAGGAAGCUUCUCCAUGUUCUCUUCGAGCGGCUGAAUGCCUAUGGGGGCCGGAAGUUCCAGGCCGAUAAGCUGGAGGAAAAGUCACCGGCGUACGUAGCGGGGUCUCUGCAGAAGAAUUCCCUGUACACGGUUCUCUCCUUCAGCUACAACAUAACCAUAGAGGGUCAGACUGUCAGCUUCGCUGCCAAAUUACUCUACGGAGACAUCACCAGCAUCUUUCCCACAGAGGUGACGGUCACAUGUCCAGGUAACCGCUGCGUGAUUGGUCCGUAUGUGUUCUGUUGUACUCUUUUCCUGGCUUUGAAGAGAACCUGUGCUGGGAUUGAUCCCGGGUACCAGACAUGUCAGAGGGCCUUCAAGUCCACACACAGGUCUCCUCCAUUACCCCCCCCCGUGUGCUGCAUUGUGGGAGACGGAUAUGAGAAUGACAUAUGUGGAAGGGAUAUGUAUUACAUCCUGGAGCAUGCACCCCACGUGACCGCUCUCGUAUCUCUCUCAUGGCCGGUUCUCUUUCUCUAUGCUGAUAUUUUAGAUGACGAGGCCUCGGUGCCGGAGAUGAUCUCAUCCCACGUGUCAGUGUUCUCGAGCACAGCCCUGCACAGAGCCCUGGACUCCCUCACUACAUAG